UGUGACCUUGGGGAUUGAACAGGACAGGGCCCUGGGGGCCUAAGUACUAUCUCUCUUCCCUACGCCUUUUCUCUUAAUCGCUCCUCCCCCACUCCCUGUAGCUUCUACCCCGGAACUGUUUGGGUUUUUCCUGUCCUAGCUGAGGGGGGAGUGGGGUUAGUCAUAGCCCCAGGCCUUUGGGGGACAUGGAGCCCAGGAGGGCGGCGCCUGGAGCACACGGCUGGGGGCCUCGAGUGGCAGCAGGGUCGGGGACGUCCGCAGAGCUCGUGUACCAUCUUGCGGGGGCCCUGGGCACUGAGCUGCAAGAGCUGGCGCGCCGUUUCGGGCCAGAGGCGGCGGCCGGGCUAGUGCCGCUGGUGGUGCGGGCGCUGGAACUCCUGGAAAAGGCUGCGGUGGGGCCCACCCCGGAUUCGCUGCAGGUGUCGGCGCAGCAGGCCGAACGGGAGCUGCGGAGGCUGCGGGAGGAGAACGAGCACCUCCGCAGGGAGGUGCGCGCUGGGCCACAGGAGGAGCGCGCGCUGCUGCGGCAGCUCAAGGAGGUGACGGACCGACAGCGGGACGAACUCCGGGCUCACAACCGGGACCUGCAGCAGCGCAGUCAGGAGACUGAGGCGUUGCAGGAGCAGCUGCAGCGCCUCCUGCUGGUGAAUGCAGAGUUGCGGCGCAAGCUGGCAGCAGUGCAGACCCAGCUGCGCGCCACGCAGGACCGCGAGAGGGAGCGCGAGCAGCCCCGCGAAGGUGCCCUCGAGCCGGCUAAAGAGCGGGCGCGGGGCCAGGCUGGGGGUCCCGGGUGCGAGCAGAGUCAGGAACCCGAACGGCCGGCCGUCGUCGGCACAGGAGCCCCGGGGACCCCUGAGGACCCGGCGGUGGCCACCCAGCAGCCAUGGCGCCCCUCGGAGGCAGGGCAAUGCGGGUUCAGUCGGGAGGAGCUUGAGCAGAUUCUUCAGGAGCGGAAUGAACUCAAAGCCAACGUGUUCCUGCUCAAGGAGGAGUUGGCCUACUUCCAGCGGGAGCUGCUCACAGACCACCGGGUCCCUGGGCUUUUGCUUGAAGCUAUGAAGGUGGCUGUCAGGAAGCAGCGCAAGAAGAUCAAAGCCAAGAUGUUAGGGACGCCAGAGGAAGCAGAGAGCGGUGAUGAUGAGGAUGGCUCAUGGCUCCUGCUCACCAGCGAUAAGGGAGACCACCCCCCACCCCCUGAGUCCAGAAUACAGAGUUUCUUUGGCCCGUGGUAUCGGGGUGAAGCAGAGGCACCCGAAGCUGAGACAAGCAGCGGCGCUCCCAGCAAGCUAGGGCGAAAAGAGGAAGCUCCCCGGCAGCCUCACUCGGAGCCUGUGGGCAGCCCUACAACCCUCAGCCCCUGAGCAGCCCUGCUCCGCUCCCGAUGAACAUCUUCGUCUAGGGGCCUCCGCUGCCUCCGCUGCCCCUGACUUUGGGGUCUGGCUGCGGGUGGAUGUGUGACCUCAGAGGGGGACAGGGCUCCUUCCUUUGCAGCACUGCCCAGAGCUCUUCCCAGUCCCGGCUUGCACCAGGGCACGAUGGGGAGUGCAGCCUGCCUCCGCUCUCCUCACCGGGCCUCUGGGGCCAGAUGUGAAAGUGUGUCCCUGAGUCUCAGCUUCCCCAUCCCAGGGGUUUGGGUAGAUGGCCUGAGCUAAUGCAAUAAAGCAAC